AUGGAUUCUGAAAUCGCAAAAGGCAAGCCUCUUACAAAAGAGGAGUCUAAGUUUUUAUUAGACCUUAUAGAAGGCAGCAAGAUAAUUACAUCUAAAACCACAAACGCCUUCAACAACAAGAUGAAAAACGAUGAAUGGGUUAGGUUAACCGAGAGGUUUAAUUCAUCAGCUACAAAUUGCCCAAGGACACCGCAGCAGCUACGUCUAAAAUGGGAGAAUUUGAAAAAGAAUUCACGCAAACGUAGCACUAAAAUAAGGAUGAACCAAAUUAAGACUGGUGGUGGUCCUGCUGAUUAUAUACCCCCAGAUGAUAUAUUGGACAGAGUAUCGGGCAUGCUCGGAAGCACGGGCAGUGGGUUCACUGUCCCAUUUGGGGGUGACAAAGAAUCAGGGGUGUAUACUGCUGGCCCGAGUGGUGAUGGCAGCAACAGUUGUGAUGGCAGUAUUGGUGACAACGCAACAGUAUCAGCGGAACUUGCCAAGGAACCUGAUCUGUUGCCAACAUCAAUUAUUAACAAUGAUAUUGAGGUUGUGGUCUGCAGUGGUGAUGGUGGUAGUAUUAUCACUGAUUGCCCAGGGUUACAAAAUGUAACACCAAAUAAGCCACAAAGACUUACACUCGCUACACCUAGGACAGUGAGAAAGAAACGAAGACCUGACGACAGCAAGACUGCCAAGAAUAAUGCAAUAGCCGAAUAUUUUGCAGUCAAAAAGCAGUGCUUGGAUGCAAAAUUAAAUAACAUUUUAUUAGAAAAUGAAAAUUAUAAGCUAAAAAAUGCCCAGCUCCAGUUGGGAAUCCAAAAACUAGAGUUAGAAAUAGAAAAAUUAAAGAAAUAGUAUAGUAGUAACCCACUUCGGCUUCCAUGCACCUACAAUUUUCAUAAGAAUCUCAAAUUUUUUGAAAUUGAAUUAAUAUAGCCUCAUAUUGUAGAUUUAUACUGGUUAAAGAAUUUUCAAAAUCAGUUCAGAAGUUCCAGAGAUUAGCCCCUUCAAACAAACUUACAAACUUUACCUCUAUAAUAUUAGUGUAGAUUGAUUUGUUUUGGUAGACAUAGUUUUUUUAAAAUAAUUAAAGCCUUAUUAUAUUAUUAGCCUAAAUAGACAUCUAACAUUGCAUCUAAGUACCUACUGUAAUAUAGCUAUCUUGAAAACUGGGAAGUUUAGUGCAUAAAAGUAGUAGUUUACACUUAUUUAAUUUGAUAACAAAUACCCUUAAUAUUGCCAAAAAAAUAAUACUUUAUUGUAAAUCAUUGAUUUCCUAAUAAAAAUAGUUACAUUAUUUCACGAUAAUCAUCACAUGUAUAAAUACUUAAAAUAUGUAAAUUUAUGAUAUU